AUGUCCCUGGUGCCUGCUAUGAUGUCCUCUCUAAAAGCUGGGGACAUGCUCCUGCUCCUGCUCUGCCUGCAGUAUAGCCUUCCUGCACAAAGCACUUCCAGGAGGCAGUUCAUGGAACACCAUCACCUAAGUCCAAACAAAGAGUUCAGCGACUAUAGCUGUGAUGUCCUCAUGACAGAUAAAGCCCUGAAACCAAGGCUCUCACACCCGUUCGUUUAUAUGACAUGGUACAAAGUUGAACACAUAUGCACAAGUAACAGCUGGAAAGAUCGCUACAAAAAUUUGUAUGUUUGGGCUCAGACUCCCAUUAAGGUCCUCAGGUGCCAGUGGGAGAGCUUAAAAAAUCAAUAUACAGAGAGAAGGAGCUACAGCUAUGUUCAGUUCCAUUGCAAUGCUGAAGGGUAUGUCGACAGCAUCGAGGACAUGAAGGUUCUAGAGCCCAUCUUGUAAAAAGUCUUGCCAGCUCUGGAUGGUUCUGAAAGAGCAGUGAGUAGUUCUCACAUGUCAACCUCUCUCAACCACUCCUCACUCCCCCACUCCAUACACCCUUGCCUACCCACAAU